AUGAUUGCCCAUUUCUGUGCCCGUGUGAGCCAAAUCGUUGCGGCUAGUGGAACUCAUCAAUCUGAUGUUAGGCAAAUCCAAGCCCCAUCGAAUUUAUCUCACAUUGAGGAACAUUUUAUGGUCCAUCAAGCUGGUUUGACUUCUAAAGAUUCUCAGCGGCUACGGCGGCGUUGUCAAGGCCAGGAAGCGCGCCAUAAGGUGGACAGCAUCUCAAAUGAGUCUGUGAAGAUAGCAAACUUAACUUCAAAUCCCGGUAGAGCUUGUAUUACUCAUCCAGAUUGUUGCAGAUCCAUUGGACAUGAGAGGACAUGA